AUAAAAUUUUCUGUUCAUUAAAGUGAGAGUUCUUCGGUUAAGAAAACAUUUUUAACUUUUAGUUAAAAAAAAAUGAGUUUGGUUGAAUUCUAUUUAAGAGGAUGCCUAAGUUUGGCAUUGUUACGUUUGGUUUUAAUGGUUGCAUGUCCGACUAAUAAACUAUGUCGACCGGGACUGUUGACAUCAUCAAUCACAACAUUGAACAGUUAUAUAAGUACAAAUCGAAUGCCUUUUACCCUUUUAAACAGUUCCACUUUUCAAAAAACAACAGCAAAAAGUUAUCAGCACUGCCUCCAGAAAUGCUAUGCCUUAUCAACAUGUUUUUCUGUUAAUGUAUUAAGUAACAUCUCUACAAACUUGGAAAUAGAGUGCCAACUUCUUGGUGAGCAAUCAUACUCGAACACAAACAAACUUGUUUAUCAAGCGAAUUCCACCCACUAUACAGCACUGAACGCAGGUUGCGAGAAAAACUUAUGUGUGAACAAUUCAACAUGUGUACCAAACUAUAAUGACGAUAGCAGCACUUGCAAAUGUCUUUCUUCAAAUUUUGAUGGAAAUUCAUGUGAACGAGAACUUAAAGUUGUGUUACUAAGAUAUUCUAGACAGUACAGCUAUGGAGUCCCAGUUCAAGCUUUUAUACAAGAAACAACUUUUAAACAGAAAUCAGGGUUUUCAAGCCCUUCGUGUUUGUUAACAUUCUACGAUGGAAGUUCUAUAAGUAGCAAUCUAGGUGGUCAAGCAUUUGCUUACUUUGUCCCACCGGAAACUGGAACCUAUUAUUUUACUAUUACUUGCACUUACUACUGCGUGUUAUACGUUUCGACAGUUGGGAAGCAAGACAGGCGAAUGUAUCUUAGCGCUCCAUAUAUUAAAAGUCCGGGAAUAUAUAUAGAAAAAAACAAAAAAAAAUUUCUGGAAAUGUUGAUUACUAUUCCGACAGCUAAUAAAGAUGGUGGUUUUCCUACUUCAUUUUCAUUGGCUGUAACUUUUCCAAAUGGAACGAUAUCUAAUCCAGUUGGCAACGAAUAUUUAGCAUCAAUAUUUUAAAAAAAAUGAUAAAGGUUGUCAAUUGUCCCAUAUUUGUGGGGUUCGACAUUUUAAUUUUAGAAAAAUAAAUAUUUGAGAGA